GAACGAGUUUAGAGCAGCCACUGCCUGUGUCAGAAGGCAAAUGGGACCAAUCAACUUGUGAGCUGCUGAGUCCUGCCUCUGAAACUUUUGUUAUUUUUUCCCCUCAGCCUGCUUCAAUUGUUUCCACAGCUUGGUCACAGACUCGGAAAAGUUGCCAGAGAUCAACAGGCACAUCCCACAGCCCGGAGCAAGCUCCUCUGUGCUUCACCAAGUCACACCAGGGGUGGUGACAGCCAUGGAGGAUUAACAAGCAAGCUCUGCAAAGGCUGUCUAAAACAAAGAGAAGAUAUUAGGCACUUUGCACUGCUCCUGACCACUGCUCUUCUUUCCUGCACUCCUAAAACCUCUGGUUUGUGCCCUCUGCUUUCCUGUUGCCAUGGAGAAGGUCCAACACAUGACCCGCUCCGCUCUGAGGAGAGCCUCAACUAUUGAGGUCAACCCACAAGCACGCCAAAGGCUCCAAGAGCUCUUUGUGAAUUUCUGCCUGAUUCUAAUCUGCCUCUUGCUGAUCUGUAUCAUUGUGAUGCUUCUCUGAAGUUCCAGCACUUCUCUGCCCUGUCCUCUAGGAAAAUCACCCCAGGGGGAAGAGAGACAGACCUACACGUGCAACUCCCAGUGCAAGGAUCCUCAUGUGACAGGGGCUAGCACUUGGACUAGAGAGUGUGCCAACCAGUGCUCUGUUAUCCUACUGCCUGCUCAUGCAUUAAAAACACUUCUUCUGUGCAGAACAGUGUUUAGAGCCUGUAGUUACCAAGUUGUGCAUGACUCAAUUUGUCCGUCUCAACUAAGAGACGUCUUUACUACAUGGGGUAAAGUAGCAGUAAAUCAGAUUAUCUGCUCCAAUCACUAACAGCCAGCAGCUGGUAAAUUCAAAGUUUUAGUCAGAUAAACAUCAUCAUCACUUUCAGGGGGCCUAAGUCUUUUUAGGUUUCUCUGAAAAUCUUUAAGCCUUUGGAAGGGUUCCAAAUUUGUACCAUGCCUACCCAAAGAAGAGCUUACAGGUACACAGCCCUCAACACAUCCUGGGAAAACUUCUGCUCUGCUUAGUUCAAAGUGCUGCAUCUCUGCAUUAUCAGCUGAAGGCAUUCAAAUCGCUUUAGUGUUUUUCAAAGGAAUAUGAGAACGAACCAAAAAUCUCUUCUAAAUCAGAAAAGAAAAACUAGUUCAUAUGUUUUUCUCUCUAUUUAAGGGAUCUUAUAUAUGUGACGUCUGGCAAGAUUUUUCAUUAUGUUUUGCAGAAAAAAUUGACACUACCAUAACUGAAAUAAAAAAUAUUGUUUUCCAUAGUAAUUUGACUGACAUGACA